AUGAAGAACAAAGAAAUUCUUUAUAAUACAUUGAUUAGUAUUGAUUUUAUUGAACGUAUGUUUGUUAAUAGCACAAUUGAUUAUGAAAAAUAUGUCCAGUUGUGUAGUCAAGAAUUUGAAAGAUUUAUUCGUAUUUAUCCAUUAUGUCAUUUUAACAGUAUCAAUGAAAUGUAUAAUUUAUUUGAAUUAGAACGCGGUUUAGGAUAUCAACGAGUAACUACAGGUAAACCAACUAUUAUUCAACAUAAAAUCAUUUCAAAUGGAAGGUUAAUUAUUGAAGUUACAAUAAAUAUUCUUUCAAUUAUUAACCUUGAUUUUAUGAAAAUUUAUGAUCUUCAAGAGUAUUUAAGAUUAUUAAAUGCUAUUAAUGUUCAACUUUCUCCAUUUGAAACUAAAAAUGUUCAAUUUGAACAAAAUAAAAAAGAGUUAAGAGAAUUUGAAUCUCGUUUAAAGGGAUAUACAGUUAAUGAUAUAGAUAAAUUGGCUACAGCAUCAACACAAAUAGUUCAUUUACUUAAUUCUACUCUUAAUGUCUUUAAAGAAAUAAAUAAUUGA